AUGCAACUACUGUUACUGCUGCUGCGGAAUCAACAAGACAGGUAUUGGACUGGGCGUAGUGGUACAAGCAUCAAGUCAGUAUGUUGUGUGUGUUUACUAAAUGCAUCACUUGUAAAUCAGGAACAAGAGGAGCACGCAAUAGACAAGAAGGGUCGUGUGUCACUGAACCACCUGCUCAACUUUUCGUUCCCAGAGCGUCGAGCACCCACCUCUACCUACACCCCACGACGCAGCAACAAGCAAUCAUCUUCCUCGUCCCCAUACAACAAAGAGCGUUUCGUUAACGCUAAUUUCCGGUUCUUGGUGAAUCCUUCGGACGACUAUACCUUCCAUCUUGCGGAUCCUGACAGUAGAUUCGACUGGUCAGCCAUUGAACAAGUCUUGAUCUCCGCCUCAGGCGAAGUACCUUCAUGCCCCAUCUGUUUGUCACCUCCAACUGCUGCGCGAGUCACCAAAUGUGGUCAUAUAUUCUGCUUGCCCUGCAUCUUGCACUAUCUCGAACUGCGCGAGAAUCCAAAGAAGCAAUGGCGCAAGUGUCCUAUUUGCUGGGAUCCAGUAUAUGAACGUGAUUUCAAGCCCGUUCAGAUCCUACACACAUUUGCUGUAGCAGAGCGUGAGCAGCAGCGCAAGAGUACUGCUAUUAUUGAGGGUGACAAGGUCGAUAUGGCGUUAGUGAUGCGUACUAGUGGAUCGACGUUAGCAUUGCCUGUCUCUGCAUCGUGGCCAGUACCUGACGCUGUCGUUGACACAUACCUGAAACCUGGUGCUCCUGUGAUACCCUGGCACUUUACACCAAAUGCGAUGCAGUUUGCUCGAUUCAUGUUGGCUGGCCCGGAAUAUCUGUUGGCCGAAUACGGACGGGAUCGUCAAGGAUUGAUGGAUGCCAUGACUGAAGCUGAGGAGUGGAAUUUGGCAGAAGAAAUACCGUUUAUUGAACGAGCCACGGCCCAAGUGGAUGAGAAGAUUGCCCAAUUCAAACGGCAGAAUACCAAGCAGGUGGAGCUGGCAAUGCAUACUGCGCAAAUGCUGUUUGAUACGGCAGCAGCGAUCAAUACGGGCGAAUUAGCCAAGAAUAAGAAGGUUGAGACAAUGCAACAAGAGGAAAUACCAUUGUCGUAUCAGCAAUAUCAUUCCCAACGAGCUGGCCAAGAUACCGAAGCCUCUUCUGUCUCUGAGCAGCAAUCACCCGAUGCUCAGAUAAACCUUGCAAAGCCCAAGAUGGGUCCAACGCUCGAUUAUCAUUUUUACCAAGCUUCUGACGGACAGCAUGUCUACUUGCAUCCGUUGGAUAUUCGCAUUUUGAAGCACGAGUAUGGUGGUUUUGAGCGCUUCCCUGAUCAGCUGCAAGUGAGCGUCGAAGGAGUAGAAGAAACGACAAUGACAGAAGAAGUCCGUAAACGAUUCAAGUACUUGAACCAUUUGCCGUUGUCGUGCGAUGUGACGUUUUUGGAAGUCGACCUGAAGAAGCUUGUUUCGAAUGACACUUCAAAGGCAUUCAGCAACGAGUUGAAGAUGAGAGCCAAGAAGCGGCAAGACCGUAUACGACGUGAGGAAAAGGGUCGUAAAGCGAUAGAAGCUCGUCAGAAGAUAGAACAACGCAGUCGUGACGAGGCUAAUCGACGCGUCAUACAAAGCGAUCCGUUCUUCUUCCACAAUCCAGACGCAAACCAGGAAAACGAGGCGAUGCUAGCAAGGGCGAUAUCGGAAUCUGCCAGGGAGCAGCAUGAACAACAAUCGCAACAACAAGGGCCAAAGACGGUGUGGGGUACGCGAGCAGUGGCAGCGCAGGAAGAAGCGGAAGCAGGAUCUAGCGACUGGGCGGAUCACAUCGUAGUUACAACGAAGAAGAAGAAGAGCAAGCAAAAGCACAAGAAAUAA